AUUUAUUUUUUAUCAGAUGUUGGAUUUAUUUUUCGUCAAAUUAACUUUGAAAAUUAUUGCUAAGUGAAUUAUAUUUUCUUCCUCUAAAAUUGCAUCUGCAGAUGUUAUAAUUCCCCUAAUCAUCUUUGACUUGUAGUUUACAUAAAUUUUAAUUUGUGCCACCUAUUGAGCUUUCGCGUUUUGCAUUUAUAGAAAUACUGUGUAACGUGCAUUAAUAUUCUUUAAUUUAAUGAGUUAUUCGCAUUUUUUUGUAAAUAAAUGAUAAUGAACGUAAUUCAGUGACAGCGUAAGUGUAUAAGUGUCACUAAGUCGAAAUGCAUGUUUCCGCUUUUAAAAUUAGGGAAUUUUCCCUUUCUUCGUCUUGCAAUUCUUAUAUCUGUGUUUUCUCAUUCUGAUACAAUGGAUAAGAAGUCAUUUCUACAAAGAUUGUCCGAAUCUAAUAUAAAUUCUUUUAAUUAUGUAAUUGAAAAGGGAGCUCGUGAUUGUUGUAUGGAUAUUGAUCCUGUCUUGACUGAUACUUCGCCCUCUGUGAAAAUAUCCAUUUGUGAUGCUGAAGUGAAGGCCUUGUCAGCUCCUAUGUCACUUCGUAAGCAUAAAAAAAUUAUCUUUCCAUCUGAAGCUCGCAUGAGGAAAUGUACUUACUAUGCAGAACUCCAUCUUCAUUUACUCUUUGAAUCAAAUGAUGAAUCUGUUCAAACAAAAAGAAUAUUUUUUAUUCCAUUAAUGCUAAAAUCCGAUCUAUGCUUGCUUUCUGGAAUGAAUAAAGAAGAAUUGAUUGAGGUUCUUGAAGAUAAAUAUGAUCCUGGUGGCUAUUUUAUUGUCAAUGGUACAGAACGCAUCAUCAGACAAUUUCUUGUAGCUCGUUCUAACUUUCCUAUAGCUUUAAUAGAUUCGAAAUUUAAAAAACGAUGUGCAGGAUUUACAGAGUAUGCUGUUCUGAUACGAUCUGUGAAAGAUUAUCAUACAAGUCGAAAUGUUUACUUGCAUUACAUGGAUGGUGGUUUUGUAAGGAUAGGCUUGCAAGUUCGAAAUAAAAUGUAUUACAUACCUUUCAUGCUUGUCAUGAAAGCUCUUAAGGAUGAUACUGAUCUAAGUAUUGUCGAAGAAAUUAUGAAAUUUCGUAAUGGAGACAGUCAUCUGAGAGAGAUUUUAAUUAACAUGUUGAGAGAUUUGUAUAAUUUUGACCAAAAAAAAGGAAAAUUAAAAAAGGAUGCCAAGUCAUAUUUAGGACAGUCCUUUUCACCUGUUAUAAAAGACCCAUAUACUCCUUGUGAAAUAUCAGAUUAUUUAUUCAGGAAGUGUCUUCUAAUUCAUUUGACAGAUAAUGAAGACAAGCAUUUGUUUUUAAGUUAUUCAAUUUGUAAACUGUUUUCGUUAGUUUCAAAUGAAUUCAAACCGGAAGACUUGGAUAAUCCAGUUUUUCAAGAGGUUUUAACUGGUGGUCAGAUAUACUUAAUGAGUAUUAAGGAUGGAGCUGAAUUUUACUUGAAGUCGGUUGAAAAUAGCUUAACUAGAUCUAUUAAAAUGAAAAAAGAUUAUAAUUUAAUAGGUUAUGCUCGCAAAUGUACAAAUAGUGCUUUAUCUCUAACACCGAGAAUAAAGAAUAUUUUAUCUACUGGAAACUUCCCUGGCAGAAAUAAUGGACUCAGCUCCAACUCUGGUUUCACAGUAGUGCUCAAAAGAAAUAACGUGUUUGCUACUGCAGCCCAAUUUACUUCUGUAAAUAAGUUCUCUCUCAAUUUUUAUGGUAAAAAUAUGCGAAAAUACUAUCCAGAGUCUUGGGGUUUUCUAUGUCCAGUCCAAACGCCUGAGGGAGAAAAUAGUGGACUACACAAUUAUUUAUCAUCAGCAUGCCAUAUCCUAGACUUAAAAACUCCAAGAAUUGAGUCAAAAGUGAUUUUUAAAUUUGGUGCCAUUUUUUUAGAUGAUCCCCUGACCUUAACCGAUAUUCCUAAAUGUUUCAUUUACAUAGAUGGAAAAAUUUUUGGUUGGAUCAGGCAUAGAAAAAUCGACCAUUUCCUUGCACAGUUGAAAUAUUUGCGAUUGGAAAAUUUUAUACCAUCUUCUACUGAAAUAAUUUUAGUUGAAAAAACUGAACCACAAAUAGUAUAUCCUGGAAUUUACAUUUUUUCAAACCCUUGUCGUUUAUCCAGAGAAGUUUUGCAUAAAAGAAGGAAGGUUCGGUUAGGAAUAUUUGAGCAACUUUUUUGUAAUGAAUGUGAAGAAGUUAAGGACUCUAAUAUUUUAAGUGUAGCUGCUGGGACAAUUCCAUUUAUAGAAAAUAAUCCUGCAGUUCGUAGUACAUUUACUUGUGUCAAAAGCAGGCAAGCUAUAUCCUUUCCUUUCACAAAUGCGAAAUAUCGUACUGAUGUGAAGUACAUGGAAUUGACAUCUCCUCAAAAACCACUUGUGAAAACAACCAUCUAUGAUCAGUAUAAUUUGGACAAAUAUCCUUUGGGUACAAAUGCUGUAAUAGCUAUAAUGUCAUACUCAGGUUAUGACAUGGAAGAUUCUAUUCUGAUAAAUAAGUCAUCUGUUGAAAGAGGUUUAAUGCGAGACAUGGUUCAGAAAACUGUCAUCUUCGAUUUUCAAGACCUCGCCGACGAGCUGAAAUGUAACAUAACAGAAAUAAGUUUUCAAGCAAACUCUAAUGACCCAUAUAUAUCAUUGAAUCUGGACUCACAAGGUUUACCAUAUGUUGGGGCUAAUAUAUUUCCUGAUCAGCCUUUGUUAAGUGUAUACUGUAAGAAAAGUGGCACGUAUAUCAUAAAAUUAUUCCAAGAAAAGAAAAAAGCAGUUAUUCAAUCUAUUAGAUUUAUGGGUACACAAACUGCUACAGCCAAUAAUCCACUUCCUGACGAAACAAGGAAGAUUGCCAUAACAUAUGGCUUCAAAAGAAUACCCGAAGUUGGUGAUAAGUUUAGCAAUCGUCACGGCCAAAAGGGUGUCUGCGGAUACAUAAUGCCUGCUGAAGACCUUCCAUUUUCCACCAGUGGCAUAGUCCCAGAUGUUCUUUUCAAUCCUCAUGGAUUGCCUUCAAGAAUGUCCAUUGGUAUGAUGUUAGAAAUCAUUGCAUCAAAGUCAGCAAUGGUUAAUGGUCGAAGACAGAAAGUUGAACCUUUUGAAUUUACUACUGAAACUGCUUUAGACACGUUCGGAAAUUAUCUGGCUAAAGCUGGGUUCGAUUUCUAUGGGACUGAAAAAUUUUAUAGUGGGACAUCUGGUAAUGAACUGGAAGCUGAUAUUUAUUGUGGAUCUGUUUAUUACUUUCGAUUACACCAUGUUGUGGAAGAAAAAUAUCAAGUGAAGUCAGUUAAUGAGAUUGACCCCGCUACACGCCAGCCUGUGAACAUGCAUUCUGGUGCCUUACGUUUUGGAGAAAUGGAACGUGAUGCAAUCUUAGCCCAUGGUGCAAUAGAGCUUACUAUGGAUAGAUUAUUCCAUAGUAGUGAUGAGUGUGUCGCUACUGUAUGUCCUAACUGCAGAGUUCUCUUACAACCUCUUCUGAUGAACUAUUCCAUUGAGGAGAAAAAUGAAGCCGAAGAACUAAUAAAUUUAGUAGAGGAUUUAGAUAGGUGCCCUCUAUGUGACAACACUGCUUUUUGUGGAAUUAAAAUUCCUCAUGUAUUUGUCUACCUACUGUCAGAACUUUCAGCUCUUGGAAUUAAUGUAAAGUUCUCAGUAUCAGAUAUUAAUCCUGAGUUUUUAUGAUAUGUUGCUGUGUAUUUAAUAUUUUAAACAUAGUUUUUUAUUUA